UAGUGUCACAGAGAGAGAGAGAGAGAGAGAGAGAGAGAGAGAUGGGAAAACUUGCAGAGGCAACAUUUUUACUUUUCUUCAUAAUUGUAGCAAUGGCGUUGGGUGGCAGCGAAGCCGAGGACUGGCACAAGAGCGCAGUAAGGGUAGAAAAGGAAGAAGAGAAGGCGACGGAGCUGCACUUCUUCUUCCACGACACGGUUAGUGGAAAGCAGCCCAGCGCGGUGAGGGUGGCUCAAGCGAUGGACUCGGAGGAAUCGCCAACCCUCUUCGGAGUGUUGAUGAUGGCUGAUGACCCAUUGACGGAAGGCCCAGAACCGAAUUCCAAGGUUGUGGGCCGAGCCCAGGGUUUGUAUGGCUCGGCUGGGCGAGAGCUGGGACUGAUCAUGGCCAUGAACUAUGGUUUCACGGAUGGGGUUUAUAACGGUAGCAGCCUAAGCAUUCUGGGUCGGAACUCGGCAUUGCAUCCGAUCCGGGAGAUGCCGAUCGUCGGGGGAACGGGUCUGUUCCAGAGGGCUCGAGGGAUCGCCCUGGCUAGGACCUAUUGGUUUAAUGAGACCAAUGGUGACGCCAUAGUUGAGUAUAAUGUUACAGCUUUUCAUUAUGGAGUCUCAUAACUAUUAUUUAUCGUGAGAUAUCAAAACAAUAGUAAAAGUGAAUUUAGCCUUUA